UCAAGCGAUGGGAAGGGAAUGGCAUUUGUGCGUGAAAUUUUAUUGCUUUUUUUGUAACAACGAAAGAUUUUUCUCACAGUAAUUACUGAAUAUCGCGGCAAGUUGUCGAAUUUUUGUUGAUUGUUAUUUCUACUGCUUAUUAAUUCAUGUUGUGAUAGUGAUGUGAAUAGUAACAAUGUUGGUGUGUAAUGAAAGUUAAAGUGAGUGCUUCUGGGUGGAAUCCUGGUAUAGUUGUUACUGGGCAAUAAUGGACCGAAUUCCCGCUUAUAACGUAGGAAUUUAAAACACUCGAGUCCAACCGUGAUGGAUGAAGGUCUACUAAAUGACCUCCUUGAGUGCUCCGUGUGUCUGGAGAGGCUAGACACAUCCUCCCGAGUGUUGCCGUGCCAACAUACAUUUUGCUUAAAAUGUUUAAAGGUAAUAGUGGAGUCCCACAAAGAGCUACGAUGUCCGGAGUGCCGGGUCCUGGUGGAGGCGAAGGUGGAGGAGUUGCCGCCGAACGUCCUCCUCAUGAGGAUCUUAGAGGGCAUGAAGAACUCCGCGCCCAAACGGAUCCCCGGACAAAGAAUAAGAAGUGGACAUCCGCAGGCUCAAAGUCAACAAACGUCUCGCUCCGACGGCAAAAUUCCACCACCGCACGCUCGCGCGCUUUACGACUACGUAUCGAAGGAGCCUGGGGACCUAUCAUUCAAGAAAGGAGAAACUAUAAUGCUACAGAAGAAGCUGGACUCGUUUUGGUACCACGGAGAGUGCUCUGGUAGGACCGGCAUGUUCCCCAUUACCUAUGUUCAGGUGGUGAUUCCUCUUCCAUCUCCAACGGCGUUGUGUAAAGCCCUGUACGACUUCCGGAUGUCCGCACCCGACGAAGACGGCUGCUUAGCGUUCGAUAGAGGUGCAAUAAUAACCGUGCAUCGUCGAGUGGACGAGAACUGGGCGGAGGGGCGCUUGGACCAGCGAGUUGGGAUAUUCCCCAUUGCAUUUGUGGAGCUCAACCAAGCAGCCAGGCAACUCAUGAACAAUGCGCCUCUCAAUCGACCCGUCCCGCCGCUGCCGGAGUUAGCGAGAGCGGGCCAUUCCGAGCACAGACAUCACGCCCAGCAUCCACAUAGAUACCAGCCCAUGUCGUUGUCGACGCCGCCCGCGGGACAGGGCAACUACCAGAACGUCGCCACCAUGAGCCAGUCCCACCCCAACUUCCACGGCCAGGCGCUCGCCCCGCCCCUCCACCACGUGGCGGUGUCGCACGGCCUCGUCACCACCACCGCUGUGCCCCGCACCAUCAUCGAGCCCGCCCACACAAAGCACUCCCUCGACCUCAUCAACUUUGCCGCCCACGGCAAGGGCACCCAGACGAUGAGCAUCCAGAGCGUCGCCCGAAUAAGUGAUAACUACGACCGAAUCAGAUCCGCAAAAUUCGACAACUACAACUCGACCGUCAUCCAGCCGAAGAUGGAGAGCCAGAGCGUGCGCGCGCACGAGCAGCCCAACAACUCCACCGCCAGCUCGGACUCCAGCUCGAGCGCCGCCAGCGCGUCGCCGCCCGCCGCCAGCUCCGCCACGUCGCCCAACCGCAGCGACACCAGCGCCAGCGACAGCGCUGAGCCCAGCGCGCCCGCCUCGCCCGACGCCGACACGCAGCGCGCCGCGGCGCUCGUGUCGCCGAACGCACAGGACGAGCCGGAGUCCCUCGACGCCUCGCUUGGCGUGCUAAGUCUCAACGAGAGCUCCACGGCCACCAACACGUCGCUGAACGUCAGUUUGCCGCCAUCGGGAAGCCCCAAGCUCGACGCGUCCGGCGGUUCGUCCUCCCAGCCCGCGGGUGACGGUCAGGAGACGGCGAACGGCCCCGAUCCGCCGCGGCUGGACACCCCCUGCUCCUCGAAGAACGCGGGCCGACCAAGCGGGCCGGACUCCCUGCUGAACUUCGGCCUGGGCCUGCAGGCGGCUCUGUCCCCGUCGCACGGAAAGGACGGCGGCUACACGGUUUCGAGAACGCACAGGGAGCACCACAGGGAGAGGGAGAAGAGACACAGUCUGACGCCAUCCUCGCAUCUACAGGGGAACCACACGCAAAACAGACACUCGGCGGAGAUAUUAGCCACAAGUUUGCUGGACCACACGUCGGACAGCGCGCGGCAGGAGCGGUCGGAGCGCGCGGAGAGCUCGCGGGAGCGGCGGCGGCGGCGCUCGCGCAGCAACGAGCGCCCGCUGCCCGCCGCAUAUGUCGCUCUAUACCCCUACAGACCGCAGAAGUCUGACGAACUGGAGCUCAAGAAAGGCGGCGUAUACACGGUGACGGAGCGAUGCCGGGACGGCUGGUACAAGGGGUGGUGCGAGCGCGCGCAACGCUGCGGCGUGUUCCCCGGCAACUACGUCGCGCCCCUCGCGCCGCUCGCCCCUGUCACGCCGCUGCCGCACCGACCUAAACAUGAUAAGACUACCAGUGCGUCGGCUGCAACAAAAGGGGCGGCGCCACCAGACGCUCCGCCUCGUGCGCCUAGUCCGCUCACGACGCCCGCUCAACAACUAACAUACCCGUGGAGUUCUCCGAUGCAUACCACACCACAACAGAGCGCUCCUAGAUCAGAGAAGUCGAAGGAGAAAUCAAAAGCCGAGAAGUCUUCGAUAUCGAGCGGCGUAAGUCUGAUGAAGCGACUGGCCGCCAUGAAGAAGUGCAAGUCGCCGCCGCCGGUCGGCUACAGUAUGGACAACCCCGUGUUCGACGACGGGCCCGGCACGUCAGUCAUGCCGCAUCCCGUGCAUGUGCGGUCGGGCUCGUGUCCGUCCCAGCUGCUGCGGGCGCUGCCGGCCACGGGGGCCCAGAGCUCGGGGCCCCAGAGCGUGGGGCACUCGGGACCCCAGAGCGUGGGGCACCCGGGCCCCCAGAGCUCGGGGCACUCCACGCGACACAAGGACAGACACGCAAUGCUCGAACAUCGUAUGCACAGAUCGAACGAAGGUCCGUGGCAGAGUCACCGCAAGUCGCAGUCGCUGGACGUGAGCGCCGCGCGCCGGGACCGACAUCACUCGCAGCCUGUUAAAGAAAGGUUCCGCUGCAUAGCGCCGUACCCGCCCAACUCGGAGUACGAGCUGGAGUUGAAGGUGGACGACAUCGUGAUGGUGGUGAAGAAGCGCGGGGACGGGUGGUACAAGGGCACGCUGCAGCGCACCGGCCGCACCGGCCUGUUCCCCGCCUCCUUCGUGCAGAGCUGCCCCGACUGACCCCGCCGCGCGCGUCCGCGCUCCCCCUGCUACGCGUACGCCACGCUGCGCGCGCCGCAUAACCCGUACGCCACGCUGCGCCGCUCCAUGUGAAGCCCCGCCUACCCGCACGCUAUACUGUGCGCGUCACGUGACCCGCUCGCCACGUUGCGCUGUUCUGUGUGAAGCCCCGCCUACCGGAACAGUGCCCCACCUAUAUUAGCCAUAUAAACCUCCCACUGGGCACUGUAGGCCAAGUUCACCGACACCAAGGUGACCUUCCGAUUAUAUUAUAUAUUCCGGAUAUUAUUAUUAUAUUAAUGUGAACAAUGAACACAGCGUGUGAAUAUAAAUAUUAAAUAUAUUCAAUUUUUUUAAACGAAUCUAAUGAAUAGAUGGCAGACAUAUAUUUUUAAGCCGUACGGUUUAUACAGUGCUGUAUACUCAAUAUUUGCUAAAAUGCAAUAUAAAAUAGAUUUGUCGCUGACAGUUGAGUAAAUGUGGCGAAUUUAUAUCGAGCAAUAAUUAAAUAGAUAUUUUAUUUUACAGAUGUAUUUUGAAAGUUGAAAUUCCGUAUCACGUAUUAUUAGAUAAUUAUAUAUUGGACUUUGUAUUAGCGUCUCAGUUCACGUUGAAGCGUAUUUAAAAGUAUACAAAUGUUAUAUUGUGGAAAUAAUGAAGUUUAUAGUGUAAAUUCAAUUUAUUUCAUUCGCUCGAGUCAGUUAUUUCGAGUAAAUGUGUGUAAAUACGUAAUUAAUUUAAUCAAAAUGAAAAGAUUCUAGGUUUUUCUAAAAUAUCAUCGAUAUUUUAUUAGUGUUUAAUAUGAACAAUGUAUGGAAAUUUUCGUAGUAAACGUCAACAUUAUACACUACUUCCUACUCUUCUUCACGUGUAGUUUAACUCCUUUGUGAUUUUUAAUUCUUUGCAACAAAUUUUACGGGAGACAUACCUUCGUCGGAAGACAAGAGAAGCAUGAGUAUGCUGCAACUGUCUAACAAUCAAUAUACAUAAUAUGGCUCGACUUUGAAAACUUUACUAAUCAAAAUCAUUUAGUCGAAACAACUUAAACUUUUGAGAAAUACAAAAAUUAACAUUAGACUUUUACUACCAAUGUAAAUAGACAAACAUUUCUUACUCUUGAAUGUAAGCUUAGGUUUUAAACUUAGCUAAAUUUUAAUCACCAAUGGUCCCCUAGUUGUAAAGUAUAUAUUUUUAAAAACAUAUUUUUCAAUACUUAAAAUUGUAGGUAACUUAUUAACUCGUGGUUAACGUAUUCUUAAAAUUUUUGACAAUUUUAUAUUUAUAGAUGAAUUAUUUAUUCAAUAUGACGCUUAUUAUGUUAGUUUAGUUUGUAGACGUCUGAAUCCCCGUGUAAUAAAAGGAGACGCGAUGGCUUUUUAUUAAUAACUGAUAAGCAACUGCUGUGAGGCGAAAUACAGUAAAUUCGCUAUAGUACUUUAUUAGUAUUAUAGCGAAUUUAAAAUAACCAUAAUUUGAACAAGCGAUUGAGGCCUUUACGGCGUAUCUUGCGCAGGGCCUAAAUCUAAACAGUGUGAUUUAUAAAAAUCAUUUUAAAGAUAAACUGUAUUGGUUUGGAUAGCUAUUAAAUUUUAAGGCGUUCACCAAAUGUAUAUAAAUUUACUUGAAACUCAAAACUUAUUAAACUGUUAAAAAAAUGUAAUGAAUUUCUCAAGGGUGCCGGGGAUGCCAGACUAACUUUUCUUUUUAUUUAAGUGAACACUGCCAUAUUAAUCGUUCUUACAAUGUGACAUUUUUAAUUGAUUUUAAUUUUAAGGAUAUCGCGACCUUUAGCUAUAAUUAAGAUACCUUAAACUUUAAAGGUACUUUUACUCUAUCCGUAACUAGUUUAUAGUCACAACAAUCUUAGUAGCUCCUUAAAGUAAAUUAAUUUUCGCUGUGUUACUUUUAAUGUAAAUAAUGGUAGAAUAAUUUGAAUCUGCACCGGAUUAUGCUAACUCAAUGGAGAUAAAAUUUGUCCAUAAACUGACUGUCUUCCCGCCUGCCUUUUUUAACAAUUGUUUUUUAUUUAAUAUCUGAGAUUUUUCUGUAUCUAACGAACAAAAUGUCACUUACCAGUAUUUUAUACAUGCAUACCGAAAUAUUAUACCGUGUCGCAGGUCCGGUGCAGAUACUAACUAACAUUUAGACUCGUACGGUCAGUUAAAAAAUUAAAAAAAUUGUUUGUAGAUUUUACUAGUUAAUUAUAAUCAAUUUAAGACUGUAUUUAUAUUAUACUGGGAAAUCAGUGUAGUAGUUACAUUUAAAUGAAUUUAAUCAAAUUAUUGCCGGCGUAUACUAUGCUUUAUUUUACUGAAUUUGUAAUUUUAAUAAUACAUAAUUAUGUACCUACGCUAUUUUAAUAUUAUACCUACAUAAUAUGUAUGAUCUCUUAUUAUUAUUAUCUAUAUGCGUUCAAAUAAGAUCAAAAUGUUACAAUUACUCAUUUACUUUGUUUAUUAUACAGUAAUAUUUGUGAAUUGAUAUAAAACUAAUACAUACAAUAUUUUACACGUACCAUCACGUACCUAACUGAUUAUUAUUAUUAAUGAUGUAUUUAAUGUAAAGACGCUCAAUUUAUUCUUGAUGUAAAAUUUUGUCCUCGUGUACUGUAUAUGUGUAUAACUGUAUAGAUUUUCCAUUUGUGUUAUAUUUAUUUUGUGUACUCACUGUAAAAUAUUUUUAAUAUUUUAUAAACGAAAAUGUAAUUGUGCGUGCGUUUUAAUGUUUCCGAUCACGCACGAGCACAACGAAUCGUCUAGAUAAAAAAAUCCCAGCUUUUUGACACGUUUAGAUGUAAUAUUUAUUUUUCCGUGGUUUAAACAGCUACAUAAUAUCCGUAUUUGUAGUUUAGUAAAAAAAUGUGCGAUUUUAUAUCUGGUCAAUAGAAUUAAAUUUUUAAAUUAGUUUCUAAAAUAAACAACAUCUAUGUAACCACAAUCGUAGUUGCGAAAUACUCUUGAAUUAAGGUUUGUAAUAGUGUUGAAUUUGUUACUACUUUAUGUGGAUAUGUUUUGCUAAGAUGAGCGGUAAAGUCAUAUCGAAAACUUGAAUUAGGUGACUAUCGAAGGAAAUAAAUAUUUCUUCUGA